AUGUCUCGUUUUUUUCACGGCGGAAGCGAUAGCGAGAGCAGCUCUUCAGACGAGGAGGAACUCUACAACGGUCGGGAGGAAAGAGAUAAAGUUUCUGAUGAGGGAGAAUCGUCAAGCGAGGAAGACUCCUCUGGGGAGGAGUCUAGCAGCUCCGAUGAAGAAGAGGGUGGUGCCUACAAGUUCUUCAAAGAUGAUAUUGAUGCAGCUGCGGAAAGUGAUGAGAGUGAAGAUGAGGACCGGGUGACGAUUGUAAAGAGUGCGAAGGAUAAGAGACUAGAGGAGCUGGAGCAGACUAUACGGUUGAUAGAGAAUGCGGAGAAGAUUAAUGAUUGGGCCGUUAUUUCGACGGAGUUCGAUAAGCUUAACCGACAGAUUGUGAAGAUUACCCAAUCGGGCUCCACGCCCAAAAUCUACAUCAAAGCCAUUGCUGAUCUUGAGGAUUUCAUGAAUGAGACCAUCGCGGAGCAAAAAUCAUCGACGAAGAAGAUGAACGCAAGCAAUGCCAAAGGAUUUAACGCCGUUAAACAGCGUAUUAAGAAGAAUAACAAGGAGUAUGCUACGGAGAUCGAUAAAUAUCGUGAAAACAAGAAAGAUUACAUGAUUGAGGAGGAAGAGGAAGAGAUAGUUGAGAAGAAGAAAGAUAAGAGUCGCGCUAUACGGCCUGAAGACCUUCUGCGCGAUGAAGAUGAAGGAUUUGCAAUUGUUGGUCGUGGCGGAAGGACACUACAGUAUACACCUGAGAGCAUUCUGAAGCACUUACGUAUUAUCGUCGAAUCGAGAGGCAAGAAAAAUACCGACCGCUUCGAGCAGAUCAAGAUUAUGGAGAAGCUGCUGGAGGUUGCCACGACUCCAUAUCAAACCAUUCGAGUUCUCUUGACUCUCAUUUCCACUCGAUUCGAUCUCACGGUCUCUUCGACGGCGAACUAUAUGAGCACGGAGCAAUGGAAUCUCGCAAUUCAGGAACUCGAGACUCUUACUGCUACCCUUGAAGAGCACCCCGAAUACAUUGUGACUGAAGGCGCAGAGGAAUGGGAAGAUGAUGAGAAACAGCCUCAACUUGCGCCUGGCGAAACCCUCAAAGUCCCUGGCAGUGUUGUGUCUUUCGUUGAGCGACUGGAUGAUGAACUGACUCGAUCGCUUCAACAUAUUGACCCUCACACGGCAGAGUAUAUCGAGAGAUUAAGCGAUGAGCAAUCGCUGUACACAAGCAUUGUUCGGUCACUACUCUACGUUGAGAAACUCAAUAAAGUCGAGAAGAAUGAAGCCCGUCAAGACAGUGUGAACAGAGUGUUGAUGAGACGCCUGGAACAUGUUUACUUCAAACCUUCUCAAGUCGUCGUGAUCCUUGAAGAAAACACAUGGGCGGCAAUCCCAACUAAGCUUGAUUCUGGCAUCACGCCUCGCAAGAACGGCACCUCAGAUAUUCCCGCACUUGUUAAGACUCUCUGCAACUACCUCUUCGAGCUUAGCGACGGUAUCAUUCGUGCCAGGGCCAUGUUAUGCCAAAUCUACUUCCUUGCUCUCCAUGAUAACUACCACCGGGCCCGCGACCUGAUGCUGAUGUCUCAUCUUACGGAAAACAUUUCCAACUUCGACGUCAGCACCCAGAUCCUCUUUAAUCGAACCCUUGUGCAGGUCGGCCUCUGUGCAUUCCGCGCAGGUCUUGUUUACGAAGCUCAGAACACCCUUAGCGAAGUUUGUGGCAGCGGCAGACAAAAGGAACUACUCGCCCAAGGUAUUAUCAUGCAACGCUACUCAUCCGUAUCCCCAGAGCAAGAGAAACUCGAACGCCAACGCCAGCUGCCCUUUCACAUGCACAUCAACCUGGAACUGCUAGAAUGCAUCUAUCUCACCUCAAGCAUGUUCCUCGAAGUGCCCCUCAUGGCGCAAACCUCGUCUUCCCCUGAGAUGAAACGACGCAUUAUCUCCAAAACCUUCCGACGAAUGCUCGACUAUAACGAGCGGCAAGUCUUCAACGGACCGCCGGAAAACACACGCGACGGCGUCAUCAUGAGUGCCAAAGCCCUGGCAGCAGGUGAUUGGAAAAAGGCCUCCACAACCCUUAACUCCAUCAAGAUCUGGGACCUGAUGGCCCAACCAGACAAGAUCAAGGCAAUGCUCGGCGAGCAGAUCCAAGAAGAGGGCCUGCGCACCUAUCUCUUUACUUACGCCCCCUUCUACGACACCCUCUCCAUCUCCACUCUCUCCGACAUGUUUGAGCUAUCCUCCAAGAAAAUCGCGGCAAUCGUUAGCCGCAUGAUCUCGCACGAAGAACUGGCUGCCGCCCUCGACCAAGUCAACGACGCUAUCAUCUUCCGAAAGGGGGUGGAGCUCUCCAGGCUACAAAGCCAGAUUGUCACACUGGCAGACAAGUCCAUGUCGCUUCUCGAAGCGAACGAGAAGACUCUCGAGCAGCGGACGCAGGGCAUGGCCAAUGCGUUCCAGCGUGAUCCGGGCCAUGGUGGUCGUGGUGGACGAGGUGGUGGGCGUGGCGGAAGAGGAGGUGGUCGUGGUGGUGGAAGCGGAUUGCCGCGGAGACCUGGUGGGCAACAGUUUGGCGGUGGGGCACUGGGAGGCGCGAUCAAGGCAUAA